CUCUCUCUGACUCACACCCACAGUGUAUCUACGUUUGUGUACAUGUGUGACAGAGAGAACAUCUGCAAACCGCUGCCAGGAAAACAAACAUACCUUGCCUGACGCUGGUCUUGCUGACACAAGUGCCUGAUUUGUGGGAUGUGACGGGAAACGCUGCCUCCAUCAUGACGCACCAGGAGAAGUGGGUGACGCUUAGCCCAGCAGAGUUCUCCCAGCUCCAGGAAUAUGCACAGUACUCAAGCAAGAAGCUGAAAGAUGUGUUGCAGGAGUUUCACAGGGAUGGAGUAUUGGCCAAAUAUAACCCAGAAGAGAAGCAGGAAAUCCUCAAUCAGGAAAUUGACUUUGAGGGCUUCAAGCUCUUCAUGCAGACAUUUCUGGAGACUGAACUUAGUGAUGAGUUCUGCCAGCACCUCUUCCUGUCCUUCAACAGCAAAGGGCCGCCGCCCGGCCCCGCGUCACUGGACAAACCUGGAUUAGCUGGGCUCAAGAGGAUCAAAGGCAGCUCCACACCUCUGAAGGCCUCAAACCUUCCAAACGUGGAGCCCCUGGAUGUAGUCCAACUGAAGGACAUUGUGUGUUACCUGUCCCUACUGGAGGGGGGGCGUCCUGAAGACAAACUCGAAUUUAUGUUUCGUCUGUAUGACACCGAUGGGAACGGUUGCCUGGACAGCUCGGAAUUGGAGCAAAUAAUCUCCCAAAUGAUGCAUGUAGCAGAAUACCUCGAAUGGGAUGUUACAGAACUGAAGCCGAUUCUACAGGAAAUGAUGCAGGAGAUUGAUUAUGACCAUGAUGGCACGGUGUCUCUUGAUGAAUGGAUCCAGGGUGGCAUGACCACCAUUCCGCUCCUGGUGCUGCUGGGAUUAGAGACAAACCUGAAGGAUGAUGGACAGCACGUGUGGAGGCUGAAGCACUUCAACAAGCCGGCGUACUGCAACCUGUGUCUCAACAUGCUGAUUGGACUGGGCAAGCAGGGCCUGUGCUGCUCAUUCUGCAAGUACACAGUCCAUGAGCGCUGUGUGGCACGCGCUCCUCCGUCAUGCAUCAAAACAUAUGUCAAGUCAAAGAAAAACACAGAGGUGAUGCAUCAUUUCUGGGUGGAGGGGAACUGUCCGACUAAGUGUGAUAAGUGUCACAAAACCGUCAAGUGCUACCAGGGACUGACAGGGCUUCACUGUGUGUGGUGCCAGAUGACUCUUCACAACAAAUGUGCUUCCCAUAUGAAACCAGAGUGUGAUUGUGGGGUCCUGAGGGACCACAUCCUGCCCCCGACCACAAUCUGCCCUGUUGUGUUGGACAGGCAGUCCACCAUUAGAAAAGAUUCCCGAGCCAGCCAGUCAGGAGGCAGAGGGAAGAUGCAGAGAGCCAACUCAGUCACCGUGGACGGACAAGGGCUACAGAUAACAACCAUAGAGGGCACUCACCCCCUCCUUGUUUUUGUGAAUCCAAAAAGUGGAGGAAAACAAGGAGAAAGAAUAUUUAGGAAGUUCCAGUAUUUGCUAAACCCUCGCCAGGUGUACAACCUUGCAAAAAGUGGACCCAUGCCAGGGCUGAAUUUCUUUCGAGAUGUUCCAGACUUCAGGGUGCUUACCUGCGGUGGAGAUGGCACUGUUGGCUGGAUUCUUGACUUCAUUGAUAAAGCCAAUCUGGAUAGGAACCCCCCUGUUUGCGUACUUCCUCUUGGCACAGGAAAUGACCUGGCCAGGUGUCUGCGGUGGGGGGGAGGUUAUGAGGGGGAGAGCCUGCUGAAGAUUCUGAAGGACAUUGAGAACAGUACAGAGGUGAUGUUGGACCGCUGGAAGAUUGAAGUGACCCCCAGUGACAAGGAGGAGAAGGGAGACCCUGUACCAUACAGCAUCAUCAACAAUUACUUCUCUAUUGGAGUGGAUGCCUCCAUUGCACACAGAUUUCACAUCAUGAGAGAGAAACACCCCGAGAGGUUCAACAGUAGAACAAAGAAUAAGCUCUGGUACUUUGAGUUUGGAACCUCUGAGACCUUCUCUGCAACAUGCAAGAAGCUUCAUGAUUUUUUGGAAGUAGAGUGUGAUGGGAUCAACCUGGACUUCAGCAACAUCUCCCUUGAAGGCAUUGCUGUUUUAAACAUACCCAGCAUGCAUGGAGGCUCCAACCUAUGGGGAGAGACCAGAAAGAGGAGGAGCCACUGGCGGGCAGGGAAGAAGACCGCAGAGAGGCGCACGACACUGGUGGACCCAAAAGAGCUCAUGUUCGCUGUUCAAGACCCAUCAGACCAGCUUCUGGAGGUGGUGGGCCUGGAGGGAGCCAUGGAGAUGGGGCAGAUCUACACGGGGCUGAAGAGCGCUGGGAGGCGGCUCGCACAGUGCUCCUCCGUCAUUAUCAGGACCAGGAAAUCCCUUCCCAUGCAGAUAGAUGGAGAACCGUGGAUGCAGACUCCUUGCACUAUUGAAGUAACACACAAGAACCAGGCGCCAAUGUUGAUGGCUCCACCGCAAGCAACUGGGCUAUUUUCCUCCAUCAUUCGAAAAACGAAGACUGAGUCCAGAGAAUAGGCCCCCUGUGUCUCUGCACAUUUGGC